AUGGAGAAACUGCUGGGGCUGAUCCUGCUCUCCGGGGCCUUCCUACUUGUAAGCUCAGCUCCUCCAACGUGCUACUCAAGGAUAUUGUCACUGGGCAGAGAAAUCACAGAACGUUACGUGAAUCUACAGAAAUCUGAAACUGUGGAUCCAUGUGUGAAGACCCUGCCGACGCUGUAUCUCGAUAUACAUAAUUACUGUGUCUUGGCAAAACUGAGAGAGUUUGUAGCACAUCCCCAAUGCUGGCGAGUGCCCCAAGUGGGUGCCCUGAAGGAGAAAGCCCGGAGCCUCUACACCAUCAUGACCUCCUUCUGCAGACGGGACUUGGUCUUCCUUAGUGAAGACUGCAACGCUCUGGAAAUUCCAGUGCUUUCACCUACCGAUCACUCAGCCGUUCCGAAGUAGGAUUCCAGAACACCCU